GCGGUCGCCGGCGCUGCGCUAGGACCCGGGUGUCCGGGAGUGGAGCAGGAAGCGGGAGCCGGCGGCGGUGGCGGCGGCGGGGCCCGUGGAGCAGGAGCGGGGCCGACGGGAACGGGAGGAGUGGGGCCGGGGCCAUGGAGAGCCCCGGCCCCGCCACGCACACGCUGGGGCUGCUGCUGCUGGUGGUGGCGGUGGCAACGGGUGGGCACGGGACCCCCCGCGACACCCUGGCCUGCUCCCAGGGCCUCGCCUGCCGCCUCCUCGACGCCGACGUGCUGUGCGGGACGGAGCCGGCAGGGCCGGGCCCCGGGCUGGCCCUGGUGUGGCUGCGUCUGGAGCCGGCGCUGCGCUGCGCGGGGCCCGCUGCCUGCUCGCCCUGCCUGCAGGCACGGCUGCGCCUGGCCGUGGAGCCUGGCGCCCCUCGGGAUGGGGACAACGCUGGGGACGUGUCGCCGAGCACCACCGCCUCGCCCCCGCACAACGUCAGCGGGCUGCUGCUGCUCUCCAGCCACUCGUACGCCUCGUCCCGCUGCGUGGCCGUGGAGGUCUGGGCACCGCUCACCUCCGUGCCGCCCGGACGCCGCCGCCUGGGCUCGGUGAGGUUCCGGUGCUUCGAGGCGCCGCUGGGCUCCGAGCUGCACGUGAUGGCGCACACCAACGCUCGUGGCCGCCGCUGGCUGAGCCAGAAGCAGCGGGUGCCAGACUGCUCGUGGCCCGAUGCCCAGGUCGCCGUCCCACAGUGCCAAGUGCCCAGGUUGCAGGUCUCCCUGGGACCCGAGGCGGUGCUGGUGGAGGUGCAGGCGGCGGUGGUGGGGCUCAACUACACCUUGAGGCUCUACCACAACCACAGCCACGGCGCUGGCGGGUCGGGGCGCACGGUGAUGGCGAGCGGGCCCAUGAAUUACAGCCUGCCGCUGGAGGAGGUGCUGCCCUGCCUCUGCCUGCAGGUCUGGCUGGAGAUCCAGGACCCGCUGCGGGCCACCCUGUGCCCCUUCUCCCACGACGCGGCGGCGUGGGAGCGGCUGUGGGCGCAGACCCGGCUGGUGCUGCACGACACGGGGCAGGCUCUCGCCUGCUCCAUCUCGGCACCCUGCGACCUCCCGGCUGAGCUGGUGCCCUGCUGGAGCCCGGCACCCGGCGCGCCGUGCCAGGCCCUACCGGACCUGCAGCAGCCCGUCACGGGGCAGGGACCCCAGGAGUUCCGAGCGCUGCAGCUGCACCCCAACCUCUGCGUGCAGGUGAGGAGCGGCGGGCAGGUCCGGCGGAUGCAGUGCCUGCAGGACCGAGCGCUGCCCGGCCGCGGGGAUGACCUCCUGCUGAUGGCACCAGGGGGGAACGCGUCGCUCUGCGCCCUGGAGCGGGGCGGCUGCACGCCCCUCGCCAGCUUCACCGCCACGGGAUCCGGCCGCCCGGGGCUGCUGGAGCAGCAGCUGCAGGAGGACGUGGCGUCGGGGCAGUGCCUGCAGCUCUGGCGCCCUGAUAACAGCAGCGGGGUCGCGCUGUGGGCCUGUCCCAUGCACAAAUACCUGCGCACCCGCUGGGCGCUGGCCUGGAUGGGGCUGCUGCUGGGCGCCGCCUGCAUCCUGCUGCUGCUCCUGCUGAAGAAGGAGGACCUGAAAGGCUGGCUCAAGUCCCUGAGGGCCGGCUACGGGAACGAAGCCCCUCUGCGGGGACGCCGCAUGCUCCUGCUGCACGCAGCCGAGCCGGCGGCCGAGCGUGCCGCCUGCGCCCUGGCGGCAGCCCUGCGCCCGCUGGGCAUGACCGUGGUAGCCGCACCGGGCGGUGGCACUGGGGCGGCGGCGUGGGGCACGCUGCCCUGGCUGCACGCGCAGCACCGCCGGGCGCUGCGUGCCGGGGACACCAUCCUCAUCCUCCUCUCCCCGGCGGCCGAGGCGGCGGCACGGCGCUGGGACACCGCGGACGGGGCCAUGCCGGGGUCACCGGGGGAUGGAACCACCCCGGACCCCCGGCACGCCCCCGUCCCCGCGGCGUCCCCGUGCGACGCCUUCGCGGCCGCGCUGUCCUGCGCCGUGCCGGUGCUGGCGGCGGGCGGCGGGCGCUACGUGGUGGCGCGGCUGGAGGCCACGGUGGCGGCCGUGCCCCCGGUGCUGCGGGCGGCCCCGGCUUUCGCUUUGCCCAGCCAGGCCGGCCGCUUGCUGCGGGUCCUGGCGGGGCGUCGAAACCCGGGGCUGAGGCCCCUGGAGGAGGCGCUGCGGCGGCGGCUUCGGGGGGCGCUGGGGGAAUAAAAGCACGUGGUGGGCAAGAGAAAAA